UUAUAUCCUCAAAACCCAAACUUGCUCACUCCUUCACAGUUCACACAAACACACUGCUCCCAAGUCCUCUCUCACUUCUUCUUCUUCCCUCAGACACCGUUGUUUAACGGUUCUCCUUUUUUUGUUUUUCCUUUUUUUCUUUCUCUCUUGUUUCCACUUUUGCCCCUUCAAGAUGAUCUCGUGGCACGACCUCUACACGGUUCUCACCGCCGUGAUCCCUCUCUACGUAGCUAUGAUCCUCGCCUACGGCUCUGUCCAGUGGUGGAAAAUCUUUUCUCCAGACCAAUGCUCCGGAAUCAACCGUUUCGUCGCCAUCUUCGCCGUCCCUCUCCUCUCUUUCCACUUCAUCUCCACCAACAACCCUUACGCCAUGAAUCUCCGCUUCAUCGCCGCCGACACUCUCCAAAAAAUCAUCAUGUUGUCUCUCUUGGUCCUCUGGGCUAAUCUCACCCGUUCCGGUAGUCUCGAGUGGAGCAUCACAAUCUUUUCCCUCUCCACGCUUCCCAACACUCUCGUCAUGGGGAUUCCUCUCUUGAUCGCCAUGUACGGCGAGUACUCUGGUUCCCUCAUGGUCCAAAUCGUCGUCCUCCAGUGUAUCAUCUGGUACACGCUUCUUCUUUUCCUCUUCGAGUUUCGCGGCGCCAAGAUGCUCAUCAUGGAGCAGUUCCCUGAGACGGCUGCCUCAAUCGUUUCGUUCAAAGUUGAAUCCGAUGUCGUUUCACUCGACGGCCAUGAUUUUCUUGAAACCGACGCAGAGAUCGGCGACGACGGGAAGCUUCACGUCACCGUGAGAAAAUCAAACGCUUCCCGUCGCUCUUUCUGCGGGCCGAACAUGACUCCACGGCCGUCAAACCUCACCGGAGCUGAGAUUUACAGCCUUAGCACAACUCCUAGAGGCUCCAAUUUCAACCACUCUGAUUUUUACUCGAUGAUGGGUUUCCCUGGUGGCCGUCUCUCCAAUUUUGGUCCGGCAGAUAUGUACUCUGUACAGUCUUCUAGAGGUCCCACUCCUCGACCUUCGAACUUCGAGGAGAACUGCGCCAUGGCGUCCUCUCCGAGAUUCGGGUAUUACCCCGGAGGCGGUGGAGGUGGAGCCGGGUCUUAUCCGGCUCCGAAUCCAGAAUUCUCCUCAACUACCACAUCUACCGCCAAUAAAGGCGUUAAUAAAAACCCGAAAGACAUCAAUACGAAUCAGCAAACUACUCUUCCAACCAGCGGUAAGUCAAACAGCCAUGACGCCAAGGAGCUUCACAUGUUCGUAUGGAGCUCCAACGGUUCACCCGUUUCAGACCGGGCGGGUCUUAACGUUUUCGGCGGAGCGCCAGACAAUGAACAAGGUGGAAGAUCUGAUCAAGGUGCUAAAGAGAUUCGUAUGUUAGUCCCUGAUCAAUCUCACAACGGAGAGAGUAAAGCUCUAGCUCAUCCAGGGAGUGGAGAUUUUGGAGGAGAGCCACAAUUUAGUUUCGCCGAGAAAGAAGAAGCAGGAGAAAGAGCCAAAGACGCCGAGAAUGGACUUAACAAACUCGCUCCAAAUUCCUCGGUGGAGCUACAAUCAAAGACAGGUCUAGGAGCAGCCGCCGGAGGAGGAGAAAGUCAACGAAAAAACAUGCCGCCGGCGAGUGUGAUGACAAGGCUGAUACUGAUAAUGGUGUGGAGGAAACUCAUCAGAAACCCAAACACUUACUCUAGUCUCAUUGGCCUUAUUUGGGCUCUCGUCGCUUUCCGGUGGCACGUGGAAAUGCCAAAAAUCAUACAGCAAUCUAUCUCCAUUUUAUCUGAUGCUGGUCUUGGAAUGGCAAUGUUCAGUUUGGGGUUGUUCAUGGCGUUACAACCCAAAUUAAUUGCUUGUGGGAACUCUGUGGCAACAUUUGCUAUGGCGGUUAGGUUCCUCACGGGCCCGGCUGUGAUGGCGGUUGCUGCCAUAGCCAUUGGAUUGCGUGGUGAUUUACUGCGUGUUGCUAUAGUUCAGGCCGCAUUACCUCAAGGAAUUGUGCCGUUUGUGUUUGCUAAGGAGUACAAUGUUCAUCCUGCUAUUUUAAGUACAGGGGUAAUAUUCGGAAUGCUCAUAGCGCUUCCGAUCACGCUGGUUUACUACAUUCUACUCGGGUUAUAAGCUUUUGAUUACAAAAACCUCGAAAAAGGAUCAAAUUGUAGAGGGAGAAGGGAAACAAAGGAUUGUCUUAUGGAACAAACUAAAAGCUUAGAGUAUAUAAGUAAAACUAGGGAGUAGCAUGAUUUAAGGAAUGAUGAUGCCUACAUUACAAGCCAAGAAACACUUUCUUCUCCCAUAUUUUACAGAUAGAAUAUUGGGAGAUAAUUUGAGUGAGACAAUGGGACGCAGAUAAGGAGGAGCAAAACAUGGGGCAACGAGACAAAAAAAAGAUAAAUAAAAGAUUGGAGGAAGAAGACAACUUAUUAUUUUUUGUAACUUUUAUAUUUUUUUGCACCAGUCUGUUUUGUUUUUAAUGUGUUCUUUGAUUAGGUUUGGGGUAACUACUAGUUGAUUACUGUGUAGAUUUUGUUUUAGCCAAGAAAAAGUGUGGUUUUUGAUUUUGAAUC